UAAAAAUGUAAUUUUCAUGCUUUUUUCAAUAUUAUUGUAUUAUUUACAAAUUUGGCUCCAAAUGCCCUAUUAAGAUGUCUUUUAAGAGCUCAUUUCAACCUAUCUCUAUAAAAUCAUCUUCCAAACUUGGUCCCGGUGCUACGAAAGGUCGGGGAGGUAUCGUGAGACCCGAAGAUGAGGGACUCAGAAUUACUGUUUCAAAUGAUAUGGGGACUGGUACACCAAAGGAUCAAGAUGUUGAAAGCAAUGGUUCCAGCAACUCUGGAAAAAGACCUAUUUCAGAGCGUUUGGGUCCUGAGGUUGACGACAAAGCAGAUGAAUCCAUACGAAUAACAGUUGGAAAUGAUAUGUUCAAAUCCGACACAAAGAAAACAUCUAGUAAUGACAAAAGUAAAAGUGACACCUAUUAUUCAAGCAAGGAAAUUCCAAAAGAAAAAGACCGUGAUUACAGGAGUGAACGAGAUAGAGAGAGGAACAUUUCAAGAAGGGAUGAUUAUAAAUCAAGCAGCCGACAAGAAAGUCGUUCUGAUAGGAGCAAAAGAGAUUAUGAUCGACGAGAUUAUAGAAAAGAAGAUGCAGAUAGGGGACGUAAGGAUUACAAGGAAAAGAGUCAAUAUGAAAAAGAUCGAGAAAUGAAUAAAGACCGAGACAGAGAUCGAAAUCGAGACAAAUAUCAAGAUAGAAGCAAAGAUGGAGAUCGAAGUAGGGAUCGAGAUCGAAGCAGGGAGCGUGAUCGUAGUAAGGAACGUGAUCGAAGCAGGGAUCGUGAUCGAAGUAAGGAUCGCGAACGAAGCAGGGAUCAAGACCGGGAUCAUGGUCAUAAUAGGCGAGAGAGUAAUGAUAAAAGGAAAAAUGAUGAUUAUUAUGACAGAGGAGAUAAGGAUGAAAGGGAAAGAUCAACAAGUAAAACUAGCAGUAGAGUAGGCAAAGAAUCUGUACAGUCAGAGCAUAAGCUCACCAAACAUGCAAACAGCAGAGAGAAAUCUGUACCUUUGUCAACAGAGGGACUUAAAAUUACUAUAGCAAAUGACCAGAUGAAACCCAUGAAAUCAUGCAUGAAAAAAAGUCAUGUUCCAGGUGAAGCUACAUGGGGACAAAAUCAAGAUAAGCAAUCAGUUGAUCGAAUCAGUAGACAAAGACAGAGUAAUGAGUUUAACUUGCCUGGUUUAGGAGGUGAAAAUACAUCAGUGAAUGUAUUUGGUGUUGAUAAAGUAAUUGAUCCAUUGGCACAAGAUAUGGACAUUGAAGAUGAAGAAGCAUUUCUGUAUGGAGAUGCUGAGCUGCCCUUACCUGCUGCAACUAGCAAUUUCCCCACUCAGAUGUCACCCCCUCGCAAAAGAUCCCCUCCCCGAAGGUCCCCUUCUCCACCAGGAAAAGUUUCUGCUCUUGCCCAGCUUCAGACUCAGUAUGAUGAGCAAUCAUAUCGAAUGCGAAGAAAGGAUGAUGGACGAGGAGAACUGAGACCUGGACAAAAUCCCUAUAAUGAUCCAUAUAGUAUGAACAGAGCACCAGUAGAUGGGUUUGAAAGACAAAAUGUAGAUGCUGACCUAUAUGGAAACCAGCAACAGCAAAACAUUGAUCCGUACACUCAAAUGGCUGCUCAGUUUAAUAGAGAACAACACCAACAACAACAUUUACCACCAUCAGCCCCAGUGCAGAAAGAACCAGAAUUUGACCCAGCAAAUGAUCCUACUAUAUCAACAAUACUAAAGUCAAUAGGAUUUAAUUUUGAAAUGGCUCAAAAAAUUCAGCAGUCCACCACACCUAAGGACACUAGAGUAUCAGAGCACCAGUUGGAUACAAGACUGCAACAUCAACGGCAAUCUGAAAACAGACAGACAUUACCAGAAAGCAGACCAGAGAGUCCAACUGAUGACCCAGCUGAGCUAGGCAUAACAGAAAACAUGUCAUUCUUAGGCGGAGGACUGAAAGUGGAUCGUCAUUCAUUGUUUGAUGAUCCCAGAAAUAGUCCAGCGUUACAGAGAACAACACAAAGAUCAAGGCCGGCUAAGCAACCUGAAGUAACUGAGGUGGAUGUUGAUAAUUUGAUCGAAGAAACCAGGAGGAAAGUUCGAGAGCAACAAGAUAAGGAGUUGACAUAUGAAGAAAGAGCAAGACGUUAUUUACAAGAACAAAGGCUGAAAGCUGCAUCGGGUCAAGGUGGCAACCCUCCAAGACCCCAAGGUGCACAGAGCAACCCUCCAAGGCCCCAUCCAGGCUCCAGAGACAAGCCACCAUCUUCAAAGAGAUCUCCAUCUCCAAGUUCCAGUUCUAGUAGUUCAAGCUCAAGUUCGAGUUCUUCAAGGUCAAGCUCACCAGAGCGAAGGAUUGCAUCGGGUGGCAGACCACGUUCCAGGUCAAGGUCACUGUCACCUAGGAACAGAUCCAGAUAUUCAAGGUCAAGGUCCCCUAAACGUUCCAGGUAUUCAAGAUCAAGGUCUCCUGAACGAUCUAGGCACUCAAGGUCACCUCGACAACACCCAGGACCUCCUCCUCAAGGCUAUCCUCAUCCAAUGCCAGGACCUGGAGGAUAUGCUCCUCCCCCUGGCUUUGGUCCCCCACCAGGCUAUGGACCUCCUCCAGGGUAUGGUCCUCCCCCAGGUCCUCCCUUGGGGCCGUUUGGCCUUGGUGGUGGAGAUGUGGAUCACAGAGUGAAUAUGAUGCCGAGAGGGCCUCCUCCUCCUAUGGGUAUGCCUCCUGAGCAGUGGGGACAACCAGGGUAUGGACCCCCUCCCCCUGGCCCAGGAUAUGGUGGGUACCCUCCUGGUUAUGGAGGACCUCCUCCCCCUCAGGGGAACAACCCUUUUGGCAACUUAAUAUCUCUGACAACUCCAACUGAAGAGCCUGUCAUGGAACAUAACACUCCAUACAGACCAGACUCCAGAGAACGAAGAAGCAGAUCAAGAGACAGGAGUAGAAGCUAUUCAAGAGAACGAGAAAGAUCCAAGGAUAAAAGAAGAAGUAAAAGAUCAAGAUCCAGAUCACGUGAACUCUCAAGAUCACAUGAUAGAUCUUCAUCACACAAUCGGUUGAGAUCACCACCUUCUAGAACAAGGCACGAUUCAUCUAGAACAGAUAAAUACAAUGAAAGUCCAAGUGACAAGAAGUCCCAUAAACGCCAGGAAAGCAAAGAGAAACCCCCUGCUAAAAAGGAACGAAAUGACAGCCCAGAGGAAACCAAACGAAUUGUGCUUAUGCCUAAAAAGGAGUCAAAACCUGAGCCUAAAGUGCUCACUAGUGAAGAGAAGGAAAGGCUUGUUAAGGAGAGAUUAGACAGAACAAAGAGACUAAGUAAUUUGUUGAAGGAGUUGGAACUAUUGAAGAAACAACAAAAUGAGAUUAUGAGGAGAAAAGCAAGACAGAAAUUUGCAGCAAAAGACCCACUCCUUGUAGAGAACACAAAGCUUCAAGAUGCGAUUGAGCGUCAGAUAAAGAUGCUUCGCCAGGAAGCCGAAGAUAAGAUGAAACCUGAUGCAAGGCCAAAUGAAGUCUCAAGUAAGACAAAAGAGAAAACUCCAGAAGUGGAAGAUGAACCACAAGAGAAGAAGGUCAUCACGAUUGUGAAAAAAGAUGAGAAGAAAAAGGAAGAACCGAAAAAGCCUAAAAGCGGGAUCAAGGAUAUUCGUUACGAUUUUUUCGAUCCGGGAAAUCAUUGGUGCCGACUGUGCAAUGUCAUAACCCGCAAUGUUUAUGAUCUGUUUGCACAUUUAUCCAGUAAAAAGCAUUUGUCGAGUUCUAACCCGUACAAUAAACCAUGGGUGCCCAAGGAAUUAAAAGUUCCUCCUGAAAAGAACCCAAAGACGCAUGUGUUAGUUAGCGCUAUAAAGGGUUCAGAGUUUAUGCAGAGUUGCGAUGCCUUCUAUUGCAACCUGUGCAAUGUCUUCAGUGGGGACAUGGUUUGUGCAGAGUACCAUCUCAAAACUGAGGCACAUUUCAAUGCCUAUCAGGCAUAUACUCGGGAGAAUCCUCUAUAUGAGAAGCGCUACAAUUUGGACAAAGCUGCCUCUAACCGACGCAAAGAAGGUGAGAAGGAAGAGAGGGUCAAAGAGGAAGAAGAAAAGCGCAAGAAGCAGAGGGAGAUUGAUGAUAAGAAAAAACAAGCAGAUCGGGAAGCUGCUAAUAAAGAAACAGAACGAAAGCGACAACUUCUUAUUGAGGAGGAAAAAGAACGGGAUAAAGAUAUUGCAAAUUUAGAUGGUGAAGAGGACAAUUUGAACAGUUCUAAGGGGUCUCAAAGUAGUCCAAAGGGAAUAAAACUGACAUUGAAGGGACAAAAGACUGCAGAACAAUCUAAUGUGCUACCAAAUGAUCCGGAAGAGGAAGAUGAUGGUGUGGAGCCGCCACCAAGUCAUGCUAAUGCAAGUUCAAAGAUUAAUAUUAAACUAACUGGAAAGACAGUUGUUACAAACCCUGUGAAGCUGGUUCCAAGACCUGCAUCUAAGACUUGGGAGAAUGUUAGAGCACCACCCAACAAGAAGCGAGGAGCAGCCAAACCACCUUCCACAGGGUUUCAGCUACAAACACAUCAAAAGGUCAUGGAUAAGGCGAAGAAGGACUUAAAUUCAUUCUUGCAGAUUGGCCUGGGUCAGUCUCUUCCAGUCGUUGGUGAGAAGAAGCCUGUAGUAACUGCUAAGUCUUUCCAGGAAAUCAUGAAGAAAAAAGCUAUGGAAGCACAACAGCAACAGCCUCCUCAACCGAAGGGUCCUCCUCCUCUGCCGCAGGGUCCUUUACCACAGACUCCUCCCACACAGGCUCCUUUGCCAGAAGGUCUGCCUCCCACACAGGCUCCUUUACCACAGGCUCCUUUACCGCAGGCUCCAACUCCAGAACAGGCUCCUUUACCACAGGCUCCACCAUCAAAUACAGAAAAUACAACCACAGGAAAUAUCAAGCUCCCAGCAGGUCCAGCUCCAUCUAUUGCUACGCCUUCACCCACUGCAAUUCUUCGUGCGCAAAAACGACCUCAAGUUGCUUCGAUCCCAAUGCCGCCUGCGCCGCAGUCAAAACCAUCUCCAGUGGAACCUGCCCCAGAAAAUUCACCUCUGGAGCGAGAACCUACACCCCCUGGUGAAAAGUCAGCAUCACCUGAUGAAAACCCAGCACCCCCAGGCAGACAACCAAUGCCCUCGAGCGAUGAGCCAGCGCCCCCUGGCAGUGACCCAACACCACUCCCUGGCAGUUCCCAAGGCACUCAGAACAGAGAGCCUCCAAUACCUGGCACAACAGCACCAACUAAGGACAAUGAUGAUACAUUGAGUGAUGCAGGCAGUGGUAUAAGCAUGGAUAUGGGCAGUGACUUCGAGAUAUUAGAUGAAUGUGCUGAUUAGAGAGUGAAAGAACAGAGACAUAUGUAAUGGACAUUCCUGCAAGAUGUCGUCUGCUAAAACAAUGCAUUAUGGGAAAUAUACAGUGCUG